CUACUGAAGGCGACAUGACAGGCUCCGUGUAGAUUCCAUUGACCAGCCCCUCGCCGUCUCGGCUCUACUUCCUGUUUGCCAUAACUUUACUGUACACAGGACACGUUCACGCCAGCGGCUCAUCUCACCUGAUGAACACAAAAUCGUCUGUGACUAAUCAUGACACAGCAGGAACAGCAGGAGUUCACUGAGAACUUGGAGGCAGCUCUCUGCUGGAUGCAGGCUAUUCAGGAGAGGUUGAAAGCCAAUGACAGCACCCAGGGGCCCCGUGAUGCCCUAGAGGCCCGACUCAGGGAGACAGAGAAAAUCCGUCAGUCAGAGCAUGAAGGUAGUGUGAAGAUAGACAUGGCACUGGCGGCAGCUGAAAACCUUUUGCAGAGCGCAGAUGAAGAGCUGAGGAGCGACACCCAAGCUAAGAUCAAAGACCUGAAAAGCCUGUGGGAGGAGACUUGCACCUACAUCAUCCACUGUCACAGUCGGAUUGAAUGGGUGUGGCUCCACUGGUGCGAAUACUUGAAGGCUUAUGAGGAGUUUGAGCUGUGGCUGAUGAAACAGCAGCGUAGUCUGGAUGCUGAGGUGGAAAUGCAGGUGGGGGUGAAGGAGAAACUUUGGCUGGUGGACCAGCAGAGGGUGGUGGUAAGUGACAUCCACGGCCAGGCGGUGCUGUUAGAAAGGCUGCUGGACGAGGCUGCUGCGCUGCACAACAGAACCCAGGACCCCAGUGUGGAGCCCCAGGCCCAGGACAGGCUGCAGGAGGCCUACAAUGAUGUCAGAGACAGAGCUGAGGAGCGUCUGUCGCUGCUUCAGAAGAUCGCUGAGGAGCACCAGACAUAUCAAGGCCUUGUGCAGAGAUUCCAGUCCUGGCUGCUGUCAAAAAACAAGGAGCUAACUGAUCUGAUGGAGAGGGAAGAUACAGGCGAGAACAAGCUUAAAGCCUUACAAGCUCUGGAUGAUGGUGUGGCCAGUGAGGAGAACACCCUCCAGCAUAUUGAGGGUGUGGCGGAGGCCGUGAGGGGCAACACCUCUCCUGCUGGGGCUGAGUUAGUUGUGGAGGAGGCUGAGGAGCUGCGGCUAGGGUGGCAGUGGGACAUGAUCAGGUGCCAGCGGCUGGGAGAAGACGUCAGUCGCCUCAGGGUGCUCUUGCAAGGGCUGGACCACGAACUGGUGGAGGGGUGUGAGGCCGGAGAUCGCGCUGACCAUCCUGAGGAGCAGAUGGUGGGCCAGUGGAGAAAUUUCAUUAUGUUGCAGAGUGUGAGGAAUACACUGGCAGUGGAGGAGUCCCAAGUGGAACUUCUCAAGGCUCAGCUUAAGGAGCUCUUCAGGUUUUCAGAAGACUCGAGACACCUUUCUGAUGAUGUCCUGGCUGUUGUCAAAGAGCAUCAGAGUGUAAAAUGCAGAGCCACCAGGCUUUGUUCAGAGUCAGAGUCAGAGCUGAGAAACAUCCUCCACUACCCACUUCUGGUCUACGCCCGAUGGAGCCCCAUGGUCUCUCAGGUGUUGGAAGCUUCUGCGGAGGUCACUGACUUCUCUGACAUUCCCAUGUUGGUCCAGAGAAUAGAGCAUUUGCUGAAGGACAGUGUGCAGCUGCAGGAGCGUUUCGGUCAGCUGCAGGUGAAGGGAGACUUGCUGCACUCCGUGUUUGGUCCUGAGAGGUCUGAUGAUCUGCAAGGUGAGCUGAGUGCUGCCAUCAAGAACAGAGAGCUUAAAAUUGGCUUAAUCUCAAGAGCUAAGGACUUUGGUGACACAUACGGGUUGGUUCGCUCUAAACUGGCUGGUCUCCGAGAUCAACUGACGGCAGUAGAUGGCCUCCAGCCUGACAUCUUGGCCAAGAAAAGCCAGUCAGACCAGUUCAGGGUGAUCCAGAAGGACCUGGAGAACUGUGACGCCUACAUCACAGCGCUGGAGACUCUGGUCUCCUCCAGUCAGAGUAACAGGACUCAGUUUGAGAUGCUCUGUGCUGACUGGAAACGUCUUUGCAAGGAAGUCAGGGUGAAGGUGCAUGAGAGUGAGGAGAGCAUUGCAGACCAUGAGAGCCUUUUUUUGCUGAACAUAGAGAAGUGGCUGAUGAUUAUGAGGCAAAAACUGGAGUCUUUCUACAGCCCCUCAGGAGACUGGAGCAUAGAAGGCCGCCAGCCUGAAGCUGAGAGAGCACUGGGAGAGUUUCCAGAGAAGGAUCUUCAGCUGCAAGAGAUGGAGGUCCAGGGGCAGGGCGUUUUGGAGAGGACUUCAGAAGAGGGACAGGUCCACAUUUUGAGAGACAUGAAGCGCUUGCGAGAUUCCUGGUUGGCCCUGCACAACAUGAGUCUCAAUCUUCAUAGGCUACUGAACAGCUCCACAAAGCAGACAGAGUGCAUGGAGGUAUUGGGGGCUGGAGGCCUGUCUUUAGACAGCACCUCAGAGCUCACUCUGGAGGAGAAUGACAAUCGGGUAAGGGCAGAAGGCUUCAGGAGCCAGAGAGGACAACAACAUGACCAACCAAAAGAGGUGUGUGGACACUUGGUUAGUUCUGUGUCUGGAAGAGAAGGAGGCCUGGAAGCAGAGGCAGGGGAGGGGAUGAUAACUGGGCAGAGGGGGUGGACCCAGGUCCCCACUGAAGGUCACCUCAUACUGUCUGGACAUGAUGAUGAACAUGACUCCUUUAAAGAAGAUGAAGCUGAUUCCUCUGCUUGGAGCACUCACAGAAUUGUAAGCCAGAGAGUUUCCAAACACUCCACUGCUGAUGGAAGCCCUGACGGUGAUAAAUCAACAGGUGGACAAGGCGGCAUCUUGGUUGGAGACAGGGGGAGAGCAGCAAAAACUGCAAAUAUCAAUUAUGGUGAAGGUGCAAGAAUCGGUUCAGGAGAAAGCAGCACAGAGUCUGGGGAGUGUCUGAGCUCAGGAGGAGGAAUGUUGUUGUUCAGAAAGGAUCCAACCAAGCCGCUAUCAACACCACAACAGACAUUGGAUAAAACAGGAGACUACAAAUCCAUGAGGACAGAGUUUGAGGCCUGGCUGUGCAAGGAGAAUGAACUCCUCUCAGGGAUAACCAGCACCAAGGGAGCAGCACUCAGUGCCAAAGAAUUCAAGGUCCAGCAGAACAUUCUCAAAGCUCUGAGGACAAGACUGGCCUGGGGUCAGGAACAUUUCCAGCUGUUGCUGCAAAAAAGUCAGAGCAGUGAGGGUGGUUCUGAGCCAAUAGAGGAUGUGGGUCUGGAGGAACUCCGCUACCGCUGGAUGCUCUACAAGUCCAAACUGAAAGAUGUAGGAGAGAUCAGGGCCAGAACCAGUGCCAAGAGAGUCCAAGCCAAACAAGAGGAGCCAGCCAUCACAGCAAAGAUACAAAAGAAACCUGGGUUGCUGCAGCGGGUGUGUUGGUUGGCUCUUCCACUGUGGCUGCUCCUCCUGGCUCUUCUGCUGCUGGCCUUCCUGCUACCUCUCAUGGACGAAGGCAGCAGCUGCUCCCUCUCCAACAACUUUGCUUGGUCCUUCAACAUCAUGCUCCGCUAUGACGGACCUCCACCCACAUAGGAAACUGGCAGCACAAGAUACAAUAACAUCUGAUCUCACUCCUCUAAUGGACCAUGGCCUUUGUAGGAAAUGCUAACUGUACAACUUAAGACCCUACAUUCUCCCUGCCAUUUGAUUAUUAUACAUGAAUGUAACAGGCCACAAACAAAACUACACAACCUGUAGUUCAGUCUAAGGGCUGUGCAACUUCAAACCCUAUGUUCAUGUGUAGCUGUGUACUUGUUUUAAAAACUACUCAUCUCACUAUCUAAUAGCUUUGUUAAAAACACCCCUGAAUGAGCGACACGCUUGUCCUCUUUCAGUAUUAUUUCUGCAAUGAUGGACUUAGGAAGGAACUCGAACCUAGACCAGCAUGCACAUCUACAAACGCCAAAUCCAACCUUUUGUGCAGUUGACUUCUUUGCAUUCUGGAUUGCAUCAUCAAAUGUGAGUUCUGAUGGGCUCCAGUGCAACUUCAUCAUUAUGAUGUUAUCUGUAUCACCGUCAGAUCCUGAAUCUGGAUUAAAUCCAGUGAUAGACAUUGCAACUGUAUGUAUCUAUGUUAAAUAUCAAAUGUUUUCGAUAAGUUCUGACAGAGAUAUGAAUUUUUUCAAUUUUGCCCAAUGUUAAAGAUGGGGAUUUUUGUUAUCGUUUGUGACCUUGACCUUUUUCAGCCAAAAUCUAAUCACUUCUAGGGUUGGUCCCCCCAAAUGUCUAUACCAAGUAUGCUGCUGAUCCAUCCAGCCGUUUGUCCGUAAUCCUGCUAACCAACACACGGAACCAAAAACAAUACCUCCUUGACAGAGGUAAAAACACUCUCCGUGCAUUCUAGUGGUCUUGCUUAGAAAACUCAUUAUCCUCUGCCUGAUGCAGUUUUUUAGCUAAUGUUGUCAUGAUGUUGACUAAUUAUUUUACAAUUUCAUGUGUCAACAUAACUAGCUAAAUAUCAUUAAUGACCCAGUGGUGCACAGUGCUUUGUUUCCACAUUGUCCACAGCAUGGGCUGUACUACACAGGCCCCACUCAGUGUUGACUGCACUGUACACUAACAGAGACCUGGGUGUUCUAGUCUUUCAUACUAACAUUGCUGAUGGGUGCUCAUGUUGCUUACAGUGUGGACACACAGACGAUGACUGAUUCAGUAAGAAUUUAGUUGAAACAGUAUACAUGAAGGAUUAUAAGUACAUGAUGGAAUGUGACUAGAGUGUUGAAAGAUGAUGGUUGUCAUGUUCUGAUGGAUGUACAAUGAAGGCAUGUUUGUAUGUUUAGUCAUGUAGCUUCCUUCCCUCAUAUUCCUGUCCCUACUGAGAAAUUUUAACACAUUACCUCAUGGAAACCACAUUCACUGCUCUGAAUUAUCAUUUAGAAGAACCAAAAAUCCUUGUAGGUUGAUUGUGUUUGCUGAAUGUAAAAGGUGAUUUGUAUGAGCUUCAUAGUUUAGACCUAUUCAUGUUUAAGUAUUUUUGAAGCAGUUUUCCUUUGUUCUUUCCAUGUACCCAUUUAACUGUACAGUCGUGCUAUUUUGGCUUGAACAUCAAGGUUGAGCUUUUUCACCACCAGUAAAAACUAUUGGACAUUUUCUUAGACCACAGUGUGCUAAUGAUACCAGUACCAGGGCUGUAUAACUUGGCAAUCGCCUUUUUUUUUUGGAAAACUAAAAUAACUUGCAUCACUUUGUUUAUCCACUGCAUUCUCUCCCAUUCCACACGGCACACCCACCCCAACACCUUCAUACACAUACACAGUAACCUUGCUUUUUGAUUGUUUGGUCUUUCAGCCCUCAAAACGAACUCAGAGUGAUUAGUUAGCAUUUUUUGCAUAAAUGUGAAUGCUUCAAACAAACUCAGACCCCUCUGAAACGAACCGAGACCCCCUCAGGAUGUGGUCUCAGUUCAGUUUGUUUCAAGUCCAUGAUUGUGGUUCGCUCAAUCUGUGCAUUGUGAACACGAAAUGCUCCAGGUUUGCUUCUAGUCUUUUGUAUGUAAGGGCAGAAACACCAGCAAUCUUUUGAAAGAUAUUUCAAUAGAUUGCUGGUCCAUCACAGAGAAAUGCAGCUUUCCACUGACUAGCUUGUAGUUUUUGCCCAUAUAUGUUAUUUAUUUAAGCAGCCAUGAGCCUGUGCACGGAGCUAACUAAAUUCUACAAAUAUUAUGGGCUAUUGAAAAAAAUUAACCAUUCACCAGCUGAUUGUUGUGGUUUUCUUCAUAAAUUCAGUCUGCAUUUGGUCAAAGAAUCAUUUGAACUGUUGUUCAGAAGUUCAGUUUCACUCGAGAGCACACAGAGCAGGGGCAGAUAUAAUGAUUUGGGGGCUGGAGGCAACUCGGAGUACUGUCAAAGAAAAAGUCCUGUUCAGUUUAGUUUUUUUUUGUUUUU